AUUACCAUUUAGUUUAUUUAUUGAGUUUAUGUGUUUGUGUUCUUACACUUCUCCCUGAUGUUUCUGUGCUCUCACAUAUUUUUCUGUUUCAUAUAAAUAAAUUUGAAUACUAAAUCGAUUGACCGAUCGAUAUAUGGUGAAGUUGACAAAGAGAAUAGGAGGGCUUGUGCUGCGAUUGGCAGCGUUUGGUGCGGCUCUUGCCGCCUUGAUCGUUAUGAUCACUAGCCGCGAGAGAGCUUCCUUCUUCGCCGUCUCUCUUGAAGCUAAGUACACCGAUAUGGCCGCGUUUAAGUAUUUUGUGAUCGCAAAUGCUGUCGUGAGUGUUUAUAGCUUUUUAGUUCUGUUUCUUCCAAAGGAGAGUUUGCUUUGGAAAUUCGUCGUCGUCUUGGAUUUGGUGAUGACCAUGCUACUGACGUCAAGCUUAUCGGCGGCUCUAGCGGUGGCACAAGUGGGAAAGAAGGGAAACGCAAACGCAGGUUGGCUUCCUAUUUGCGGUCAAGUUCCAAAAUUUUGCGAUCAGAUCACUGGAGCUUUAAUUGCCGGUUUCGUUGCACUCGUCCUCUACGUACUCUUACUCUUAUAUUCUCUCCACUCCGUCGUUGACCCUUUUCUCCUUCAGAAAUCUUGAAUCUAAUUUUUUUUUUUUUUUUUAGUAUCGAUCUAAUUUUACGUCGCUCAUAUAUAUAUAUAUAGACACAUAAACAUAAACUUCGAUCGAUGUCGAUUUGAGACGUAGCUCGUGUGUUGUGUUUGUAUAAUUUCUUUGUAUGAGUGGAAACUUUCAUGGCUUUGUUUUUCUUCUUUCUAACUCCUUUUUAUGGAUUAAAAUAUAUAAUUACCA